AUGUUCCAAGACGAGCUGGCGAAGAAGGUCCGGCCCUUCAUAGACUUAAUAGAUGACAUGAGAUCCAUAGGGAUAGAGAAGGAACUACCACUGCCAACCAUUGCUGUGGUGGGAGACCAGAGUUCAGGAAAAAGCUCUGUGCUGGAGUCCCUUUCUGGGGUGGCGCUGCCCAGAGGGACUGGUAUUGUCACCAGAUGCCCACUGCUUCUUCAACUCUGUAAUGACAGGACAGUGAAAUGGGAGGCUGUCAUCUCAUAUGGAGGGCAAAACAUUCCAUUUAACGAACCUUCAGAAGUCGUGAGACACGUUGAACAAGCUCAGAAUGCGUUAGCUGGAAAGGGAGUGGGGAUAUGUGAAGACCUGAUCACUCUAAAGAUCACAUCCUCCACGGUGUGUGACCUCAGUCUGAUUGACUUACCAGGGAUCACCAGGGUGGCUGUGAAAGGACAACCAGAUGACAUUGGAGUCCAGAUCAAUAAUCUCAUUAUGAAAUUCAUAAAGAAUAAGAUAACCAUUAUUUUGGCGGUGGUACCAUGUAAUGUUGACAUAGCAACAACAGAGGCCCUGAAAAUGGCACAAGAAGUGGAUCCUGAAGGCACAAGAACUAUGGCCAUUCUAACAAAGCCAGACCUGAUAGACCCAGGAGAAGAGAAGAAUGUGUUGGAAAUUGUCCAGAAUAGUGUCAUGGAUCUCAAAAUGGGCUAUUUCAUUGUGAAAUGUCAUGGUCAGAAGAAAAUUGAUGAAAAUAUGUCCAUUACUGAUGCGAUUGAGGAGGAGUUGGAAUUCUUCAAAACUCAUGAGCACUUCAGGUAAAAUGUGUUCUUGCCAUGUGUAAAGUAAACUUACAUCUAUGUUUUUGAUGGCUUCACAUCUGAAAAUGUUCAGUGCCCCAAACUGUUGA